CCUCAAUAUUCGCCUUCCAACCGGCUCAUGCCGAGGUGAUCUUUGAACCGCUGGAUCGCUUUCUAAUCUCUGCAACUACUGAUAGCAUAGCCCUGCUAGGAUUCAUUCAGUGAACAUCCCAGAACGAACGGAGUCGAAUGUGCAACAGGACCUGUCUUUAUCAUUGCAGUCCUUAUUAUAAUGACAUGUAACGGAAAGUUAAAGGAAAUAGCUUUGGAUCGAUGAACACUUUGCCUCGCUGAAAAGCGUUCCUUCCGUUUUUUCUGUAGGAUUGUAAAGCAUAUUUAUUUCAAUGAAAACUCCAUGCAGUAUUUACACGUUUUCUCUUUAGAGCAAGCGACGCAUCAAAACUUUCUCCAGCGCGACUCCAGGUUCAGUCCUCGCCAGAUAUAAUGUAUCACUUCGGAUCUUUAGUGACGUGCGCGCUUCUUUUUAUUUCAUUAUCGAAUUGUGUACAAGUGGACAGUAAGAAAGGACAAGGCUUUCUUGAGGACAUAUUGCGGUUUUACGGUGAAAAUGGCUCUAUUUCAACAGCAAACCUCGAACACUUUCUGCUGCUAAUAUCAACCAGAAGACCAGCUUUUAUUGUGGAUGAGGAAAACCCACUUAUCAAUUCUGAGUGUCCCUCUGUGGGCCAGAUCUUGUCCCACUACGAGUUGACUAACGCCAGUCAGCUGACAGUGGAGCAUCUGGAGAGGAUCUGUCCUGCUGUGUUGACUCAGGUGCUGCUGCCCUCCUGCCCAUAUAAAAACCCCACGGCCCUGCAUCCUGUUACCUACCACGUGUGGGGUUAUGGCUUCCUGUCUGUCACCAUUAUUAACCUGGCCUCUCUCCUGGGCCUGGCACUCAUCCCCUUCACCAAGAAGCCGUACUUUCCCAAGGUGCUCACCUACUUCAUCGGCCUGGCCAUCGGCACGCUCUUCUCCAACGCUGUCCUUCAGUUAAUACCAGAGGCCCUGGGAUUUGAUCCCAGAGCGGAUGACUACAUUCUCAAAGCCGUUGGAAUAUUUGGUGGAUUUUACCUGCUGUUCUUCACAGAGAAAGUACUGAAGAUGUCACUAAGAACAGAGCAUGAGCAUGGCCACAGUCACUUCUCUCCUCCAGGUCAACUGAGGCAGAACUCUCUCCAGAAUGGAGAUGUGUCUGAGAAGAAAGAGUCUAUCACCAUGACGACGUGUACCAUCAGCAGCAUCAGUACAGACAACACCAGCCCAGACCCUCCAGUGUCAUCCACGGAACCACCACCUCAGCAGGAAGUCCAUGUCAAUAAUGUGAUGUGCCACUGGCUGCGGGGUCAGCGCGUCGCUAACAUAAAGACGGUGGCCUGGAUGGUCACAUUGAGUGACGCUCUGCACAACUUCAUCGACGGCCUGGCGAUCGGAGCCUCUUUUACCGUGUCUGUCGUCGCUGGUUUCAGUACCUCCAUCGCCAUCGUCUGUGAGGAGUUCCCCCACGAGCUAGGGGACUUUGUGAUUUUGCUGAAUGCUGGGAUGAGUAUCCCCCAGGCCGUCUUCUUCAACCUGCUGUCAGCCAUGUCCUGCUACAUCGGCCUGGCCUUCGGCAUCCUGCUGGGGAGCAACUUCGCCCCCAACGCCAUCUUCGCCAUCGCGGGGGGAAUGUUCCUCUACAUAGCACUGGCAGACAUGUUCCCGGAGAUGAACGCCAUCAUGAAUGAACAGGACGGGUCGACGGUGACCAAUGUUAUCUUCUUCCUGAUCCAGAACGCCGGGCUGCUCACCGGGUUCGCUAUCAUCCUGCUCAUCACCAUGUUCGUUGGUGAGAUCAACCUGGGUUAGAGCCGAUGCUGUAGCUAUAGAAACACUAGAUGAUUGACAGGGGGGGCUGUUUUGAAGCCACUGCGCCACCAUCUUUAAAAAAAAAAAAUGAAAUACCGUAGACUUAAUUUAAUUCCUAUGGAGGACUGCUCCUUCUGAGGAGUACCAAUAUGGUGGACGGUGGCUUCAGAGCCUGUCAUUGACCAAUAUAUAGCAUCGGGCAAUCUAGUGUUUAUACACAUCAUUGGGUAGAGCUGGGUGAGAGGGAAGAGAAGAACAAGGGAGGGAGAGAAAAACGAGAAUGAGAGGAACAAUGAGAGAAAUAUAUCAUUUCAAAGAACAAAACGUGACUGAACAGAGCUGCUUUCAUUCCGCUCUGAUCUCACAUCGGCCCACGUCUUGUCUUACACUAAUUGUUUACUGGGAAACGGAAUACUUGUCCUUUUUGUUUAGUUUUUUCUUCUGACUAUCAUUAUAUUUAAAUAGAGGGAACAAUCACGUAACUAGUGUAAAUGAAAUAAAGAAACAAUGUAUUUAAAACAAACGUUUUCAAUAAAUUAUUUUUUCAGUCUUUACAAUGUU